CCAUUCACAAGAGAGAGCUACAUUUGGGUUAUGCUGUACGGGCACUUCCAGUUCAUCAGGUUCUAGACAGUCUACAAGUCAAAUGGCGGGCUCGCAGUUCAGCCCGUUGACUCCUCGUGAAAGGGAGAUGAGGGAGCUCCAGCAGGUCGAAAGGAUCCGUGCACAAUUAGAGAAGGAACUGAAAGAGGCUACCGAUAGAGAAAGAGAGAUCAAGAAUAGAACAGCCAGGCUUGAAACGUUAACGGCUGACAAGGCUGAGUUAGAGGGCAUGGACAAUUCUGGAAUGAACGAGCCCAUGAAAGUGUUGCGGAACAACAUGCUGUCACUGCACGCGCACGUUGACAGCAGGUUGGACUUCAUGCAGAGCACUUUGGACCAGAUCCUGAACAUCUUGACAAGCCCAGGAUUUAGGCCACCAGCCCAAUCGCCGCUGCCGUUAACGGCGAUGUCAGGCCCCUUUCUAGUUCAAGCUGGUUCACAACCAAGUGGUACGUCUGCAGCAGUCUCACAAACUGUUGCAUCUUCUUCUUCGGGUCCGAUGGUGAUUGCUGCAUCACCACAACAACCUGUUCAGCAACGUGGACGGUCGCAAGGUCAAUGGUACCCCAAGACCCCAAUGAAAUCGCCUCUUGCCUUCUUAGGCGAGAGAAAGGACGAGGAACUCAACACAUGCUUGAGAACGGUCCCGGUUUGGGUGAAGGCCAAAAGGACCUGGGCUGAGGACGAAGUGGUAACUGCGGCAUCUUACCUAGAGGGUAAGGCAGCCAAAUGGUUAGAUGGAGUAGUUGUGAAAGCCGGGUACGGGCGACGCAUGGCGGACUGGGCCAAGUCUUUGACUGUAGACCAGUUAAUGGAAAUGGUAGAAGCUCGAUGGCAUAAUCCCCAGGAGGCACAAAAGGCCACUGAUGCCAUAAACAAACUGGACCAACGAAAGUUCAGGUCAGUUAGAGAGCUUACGACUACCAUUGAAAGCCUGAUCCUCGUCCCAGGUAUCAACUACAGCGACCAGUUCCUGUUAACAACGUUUGUUAGAUGUCUUCCUGAGAACAUCGGGAACUUACUAGCCAGUGAGGCACGCACCGAGUACCACUCGUUUGAAACAUUGUCUAGGAAGGCCUUAGACUUGGAGGCCACAUUAGGCAAUGCUCAACCCACCUCAGGGAAUGACUCAAAGAAGAAGAAGAGUCCUCAGCAGUGGAAGAAGAAGGGGGCGAAGUUGAUGAUGGUUGAGUCAGAUGGGACUCAAACUGAGAUCGAUGAGCUCUCUGACCUAAUGGACUACUCAGAGUAUGACGGCGAGGAGAUAGCUGAGGGUAGCACCCUCGCCGCGGUAGUUAAGACUAAGGCGGCAGGUCGAGGGAAGGGCCAACCUAGGAGUCAAGGGAAGGCCGCCUCCAAUCAGACCAAACAGGCUGAGUGGGUUAAGGCAGGUCUUGAUCAAGACGUGUGGCGUGACCGCCGAUCGCGACAGAGUGUCUCCAUGGAUUUCAUGGACACCYUGGUGACUAGUAAGAGUGGCAAGAGGCACAUCUUCGUCAUCAUCGACYGAUUCACCAAGUACGCUAGACUAGUGGCUAUGCCAGAGACCGCAAGAACUGAUUUCGUCAUCAAGUUGUUCAAAGACAACUGGACCGCUGCACUUCGGCGCAGCAUGCGGCGUCCGGCGGAAAGAGGUGACAAGAGCGUGGACAGUAUAUCCGCAGUCGGUGUGAUUCUGGUGCAUGACCUCUCACAGAAGAAGUCGAAAUCGAAUCUGCAAAAGUGGUCAAGUGAGGUGGCUUCCCUAGCAAGCUUCGUUGCCCCUCAUCAGAGGAUGGAAAACGGUUUGCCUGUACCGAAUUUAACUGUAGGUAACAAGGUCGAUCUCUUGCCCAAGGAUGGUAAUCUGGGCAGCAGUGGGAACAUUCUAGAAGUUGCACGCUAUUGGGCCGAAAAGAGGGGACUAGUGCAACCAUAUGACGAACUGCCACGCUCAGAGAAAGUGCCGCUUGGCGCAGGCCUCGUUGUGUGCGCAACGGAGGGGAGGAUGGAUCAUGAUGUCAUAAAUGGAUUCUUCUUUGAGCUUAUCAAACGGCGUUAUUACCCUCCGGAAGAGCAAUUUCUUGCGCCGCCGACCUUACAGUAUCCCCGAUUCGUUCCCUCGCAACAUGGCAUGUCACACUCCGCAGGCAGCGAAGGCACCAUCUCACCUCUCUCUUCAAACAGUCCGAUUUUGACAAACACUCCCACUUUAUCUCCACUUGGCCUGCCACUGUAUCGCGAUUCCGUCUCGGAUGCAUUUACGGAGGAUACCGAGACAUUUGGGGGGCAGUCAAACAGGUAAAAGUUCCGUAAAACAUCACUCG